CAUUGGGCAGCUUAUCCGCCCGCCCCCUUACGUUUUCAUAGUGGGAGGUUUCUCGUGGUGAGCGUGUCUACUGUAGGGCUACAGUUGGUGAUUGUCGCUGCCGGUGUCCACGGAAACGGGAGUAGUGCGAUGGAAACGAAGCGUCUCACAUCGCCGAUCCUGUGUUCCGGUUGAAGGAUGAGGUUCUCGGUGUUCUACGGGGCGGCUCUCGUGCUGCUGGUCGCGGGGCUUCGCGAGCUGCUGACGGGGUCCGAGGAGAACCGGUGCAGCAUGACCUACAUGUACGAGUAUCCAGAAUACAGGCGGGUCACCUUGCCGCGGCGUGUCUCCAGGCUGUACCCGGCCUACGGCCUCUACCUGUACGGCGAGGGCCUCUACGCCCAGGAGACACGGGCCCUCAAGCUGUCCGGGGCCCCUGUGCUCUUCCUGCCCGGGAACGCAGGAAGCUACAAGCAAGCUCGCUCCCUGGGCUCGGUGGCGCUGAGGAAGGCGGAGAGCCUGGAUGGGGGGGUUCACCUCAACGUGUUCACCGUGGACUUCAACGAGGAGCUGGUGGCGCUGUACGGGGGCAGCCUGCGCAAGCAGACCCUCUUCCUGCACGAGUGCAUCAAGGCCGUGCUGCGCCUCUACAAGGGCCAGGAGCGGCCGCCGCGCUCGGUGGUCCUGGUGGGCCACUCCAUGGGCGGAGUGGUGGCCCGCGCGCUCUUCACCCUGCCCCGCUUCAGCCCCCCGCUGGUCAGCCUCAUCCUCACCCAGGCCUCCCCCCACCUGGCCCCAGUGCUGGCCCUGGACACACAUCUGCUGGGCUUCUACUCUGCGGUGCGGGAGAGGUGGGUGAGGCACGCGGACAGCCUGGCCAACGUCACCGUGCUGUCGGUGGGGGGGGGUUACCGUGACUACCAGGUGCGCUCCGGCCUGACGACCCUGCCCUGCUCCCCGGGAGACCCCAACAAGCUGUCUCUGGUGGCGACUGCGGUUCCCAGGACCUGGGUGUCCACCGACCACCUGUCCAUCGUCUGGUGCAAAGAGCUGGUCCUGGCCACAGUGCGAGCGUUCUUUGACCUCAUCGACCCCGAGACCAACCAGUUCACAGACAGUGUGGUGAGGAGGAUGGAGGUGCUGCACCACCACUUCAUCAGACACCCCGUCAGGAUGCUGGAUGAGACCCCGGAGGCCCCCCUCCCCCUGCCAGAUUCUCCUGAGGCGUGGAAUGAAGUGAAUGCACUGCGUCUGGCGUACAGCGCCCCCAAGGAAGGUCAGGCAAAGUACUUCCUGUUUGCCCUGUCCAGUCGCAGGAAGGCUUACAGCCACUUCUACUGUCGCAGCAACAACAUGGAGAUGUCCAGCUGGGUGUAUGGAUGUGUCCAGAAGACUGGCUCCAUGUGUGUUCGUGCGGUGGACCUGUCCCGUGGAACAGAACUCCUACCUCCAUAUAAGGUGCUCGUCCUGAGCCUCAGCGACCUGUCUUCUGUCUCUCACCUGGUGGUCGCCGCCUCAAACCUCAAUGGCAAGCAGUUCACGGUGGAGUGCGAGUGGCAGAGACAGGAGGCCCAGACCGUGUCCGUCUCCGUGCCGCACGUCCUCUCCUUCGGGUUGACCUCCAGUGACGUGACGGUGAACUCCUCGGGACUCCUGCACACCGUGGAGCUGGAGCACUUCCACCAGGUCUACCAGUCUUUCAGAAUUACGGUCACAAGCCACUGCAAAGUACAAAAGGAUAGAAUGGCCAACGUGUACCGGAUGAAGGUGCCAUGGUUCAGAGAGGACUUCUUAACCACUGCCAGUGUUCCUUCUGUGACUGAGAUCUCGGGGAUGCUCCACACCAGUCGCCCGGGCAACACCUCCUCAGCUCUGCUUCAGCUGCACACCGCCCCAAACUGCCAGUACAAGGUGCUGGUGAGGACCUCUUUCCCGAGGGUUAUGGGACAGGUCCUGCGGUUCUGCGGGCCCCAGCUGCCCGUGUACAUGGCCGUAACGCUCCUGCUGGCCUGCGGGGGGCAGCUGUGGUCCAUCGCCAGGACCGGGAAGCCUCUGGAGGCCAGCCAGGCCGUGGGCUGGGGCCUGCAGCCUCACAAAGUGGGCCUCCCCGUCUACCUCCUGCACCUGCUGCUGGGGUGCAGCCAGUUCCAGGAGGCCUGGUCGGCGCUGGGCCUCCCCGCCAUGGACGCCCUGCCCCCCACCGCCCCCGACCACUCCACCCUGGAGGGGGGGCCCGUGGACGAGUGGCCCCACCUCCUCGGGCCCCUGCUGUACCUCCUGGGGGCCACGCUGGCGUUCUGGGGCAGCGCCCUGCUGCGUCUCUCCCUGGCCCUCCUCUCCCUGGCCGCGGCUCCUCUGACCAGACCGUCGGUGGCCCCGGACUGUGGGACUCUGGGCCGGCGGAGGCAGGCCCUCCUCCUCCUGGUCCUCAGCAUAGUGGGCGGGACUUCCUGUGGGGCCGUUGCAAUCUUCAGUGCCUUCCUGAUUCACCUCUACAGGGUCGUCCGUCUACAGAUGGCUGAACGCUCUCUGAGUCACAUGCUGAAUCUGGCGCCAGAGAAGAACAACGGGGGGGAGGACAACGGUGCGGGGACGGGGGCGGCCCCCCCGGGGGUCUACAGACAGAGGAACGGCGGGGGGGCGCUGCUGUCGGAGGGCCUCCUGCACCAGGUGAAGAGCGACCUCCAGCUCCACCUCUCCCUGUCUGCCCUCUUCACAUUAGCCAUCAUGCUCAGCGCGCCCUCGCUGCUCCACUGGGCCCGCAACCUGAGGUACUCUCCCCGGCUGGACCCAGACUCACUCUGGCCGCACACUCUGCCUCUGCUCGCUGCCAUGGUCCUGCUCAUCGACUGCAGCUGUCAUGCACUGAGCCACAGCAAACUCCUCCGCGUGGUUUGCCACCUCCCCCUGCCCCUCUGCGUUGCCAUGGUGACCUUCUCUCCGCUCCAUCUCUACAGAUUGACCUACUUCCUGUCCGCAGCGCUGGUCCCGCUGGCCGUAUCCUGUCUCCUCUGACGGCAGUCAGACGGUAUCGGUCCCUCACUCCAAACACACAGACUCUCUCACUGCCUCAGUGAGGCCACUACCUGUCUCACUGCCUCAGUGAGGCCACUACCUGUCUCACUGCCUCAGUGAGGCCACUACCUGUCUCACUGCCUCAGUGAGGCCACUACCUGUCUCACUGCCUCAGUGAGGCCACUAACUGUCUCACUGCCUAGUGGGCCUGGUCAGUGAACUACCUGGAAUACGUUCCCUUGACGACCUUAUCUCAACCUUGCAGAACACUAACUGGAUCAUCUCAAUAAUUUCACUUCAACUCAUCCCAACCCGACUGGAUGCCUAAAUAAAACCCAUCAUGGAGCAAACAUCCAAUUAGACGCCCCCACAGGAAGGAGGGGUUAUCUGGUUGCCAUGGGAGCAGAGCUAUUGCUCGUACAUGGUUUAGGAAGCUCCCAGUUCAGUACCAGGAGCUGCCAUGGUAACCAAUGAUUACCAACAUGCUGGGAGAACGACCUGGGAGUGAUGGGGACCAGUACUGAAGCCCUGAUGGAUCUAGACCCUUUGCCUUACUCUGUGUAUGUUUAGGUGGGCUCUAGGUUGACAAAUGGUAUCGGGGCCAUUAACAAGUACAUACGUGUACGUGUGAGGAGCAGACUACAGGGUGGCACUGCUAACGUCGCUGGUGUUUUGUGGCUUUUUUUUGUGUUUUAGUUUAUUGAUUUAGUUUAUAGUGGGGGAUGUUGAGUCUGGUGGUCUACGACAUUAGUGCUGCGUUGGCGUUUCUGUCCGUCCAUUCAAUCUGAACAGACGGCGCAGCUCUUACACUAAGGGUUCUUGAGACCAUACUGUAGUUGUCUGGAGGCCAAGUAUAUUUAUCAAACAUCUCCUGUAUCGUCGUGGAGUUGAAUAAAGCAGAGGGAGCUCUGUUGACUCCACCCUCUCCCUCGGUCUGAUGGUUUGAUACGGGCGGAGCAGCCCUGACACCAAGGCUGCGCCCGGGCAGGUCUCUACAAACCGGUCUGUUGGUGAGUGUUCUCCUUCAUAGGCGGUAGCUGGGGCCUGGACUCUGUUGUACUGGUAGGAGGCAGGACUCUGUUGUACUGGUAGCUAGAGGCAGGACUCUGUUGUACUGGUAGCUAGGGCCUGGACCCAUUUGUACUGGUAGCUAGGGCCUGGACUCUGUUGUACUGGUAGCUAGAGGCAGGACUCUGUUGUACUGGUAACUAGAGCCUGGACUCUGUUGUACUGGUAGCUAGGGCCUGGACUCUGUUGUACUGGUAGCUAGGGCCUGGACUCUGUUGUACUGGUAGCUAGAGGCAGGACUCUGUUGUACUGGUAGCUAGAGCCUGGACUCUGUUGUACUGGUAGCUAGGGCCUGGACUCUGUUGUACUGGUAGGUAGAGGCAGGACUCUGUUGUACUGGUAGGUAGAGGCAGGACUCUGUUGUACUGGUAGCUAGAGGCAGGACUCUGUUGUACUGGUAGCUAGAGGCAGGACUCUGUUGUACUGGUAGCUAGGGCCUAAUGGCAUCUCGGCUCUCUCUUCCUUCAGGACUCAAGCUGGUGGCAGAUGAACUUUAUCCGUCCCAUCCACUCCUGGUUAAGACUGUUCCCCCUCACUCUGCUGCGUUGCUCUGUAGAUGUCCCUCAGUGCUGGGAGGGCGCCUGCCACCACGGCUGGCUCUUCCUCUGGAUCCAUCCAUCCCCUUCAGCUGACGUGUAAUUACACAAGCAGGUCUAUGGGAGGUGUGUCUUCAUCAGUACAGGAAGUCGGAUGGGCUAUCGUCCGAAGUCCUGAAGACGCUGAUUGGUUUCCUGCCUGGUGCCGCGUCACGCCGGCACUCCCCGCUGGCACGUCUGCCCUCGUCACGCUAACCGUCAUAGCAACUACAGUGCCUUCCCGCUUCCCCACUCCUCCAUCCAAGUGCUGCAUUCAGUCCACAGCCUGCCUUCCAUUCCCCAGAGGUCCUUACUGGGAACAUGGGCUCCCAGUAUAGAGACAGCAUGUCAACCAGUGCACUCCAUCUCCUCCUGGUGGAGAUACAGCCCCCCCCUCUCUGAGAGGGGAACUGCUGGAGUACUGAGGCCACGUCCUCGCAGUAAAGAUAAGAUGUCAACGUGGGCUAAUGGUUGAGCGACAGUACCCUCCUUUGUGGCUGUCGGAAGAACGCUGUACCUGAGCGUGAGAGUUGCUGCCUGAAUGUGAAGUUCUGGGGAAAAAAAUCUCUGUUCAGAUUACAGUUCUGGAGCAGAACUCGGUUCAGUGGAUAGUUCUGGCGAACAAAUCGAGACUCUGGCAUGGAUAAAGUGUCUGUGUGUUUGUGUGUGCGCGAGUGCUUUGAGAUUCACGAAACCUGCCUCAUUCCAAAUGUGGCUUUUCUACCAGAAUAACUUUGUCGUACUAUUUAGUAGAAGUUGACAUGUGUGGUUUUGUUUUACAGGUUUUGUUACAUAUAUAGAUGGGAUUUUUUAUAUUGUGUUCACUGUGACCAUGUCAUAGUUGCACAAGAAAAGCUUAAGGGACCUUUACUUUGAAAUGAUACUCUGUGGUGCACUUCUGAGUGGUGUUCCAAUGCUGUUGGCCAAUGGUUACUGACAAACCACACGUCAAACCACUUUAUAUUAAACCUUUUUCUGGAACCCUUGAGCUUCAAUCUGUGCCGUUGAUUACUCUUUUUAAGUUUAGAUGAAGUAAAUAAGUUGUAUUAAACAAUAACAUUUAUAAUCCACUUUUUGAGUAAUUUCAAACCAGCAGGUUUGAAAUUACUCAAAGGUUAGAUCCCAAUUAAUCGUAGAAACUGCCAUUUUUAUUCGAUGGCAUAUUUUUGUUUAUGCUUUUUAGAGGCCACACAGAAUUACCACAGGGCUGGACUACCAUGACCUGAGUAAAAGCCCUAGUAUUAUGUUCCUUUAUCUGAGUGUUAACUAUAAGUAAUACACAUAAGAAACGUAGUUCACGAUAACAUGUCCCACUUAUUUGAUUCUUAAACCUGACUCAUGUUUUGUUAUUCUGUAGCAUAUCCUUUUUAUAUGAAAGCAAUUGGUUGCCAAGAUGAAUUUUCUAGUCUAUUAUUUUCUUAUGACCAGAUUAUUGUUAUUGGAUAUAUUUUUAUUGAACAGUGGUUAUGUUUUUUUUAUUUAUUCAGAAAGCUAUAAAGUUCUAACCAUGGCAGAUUCCAUGUCACUCUUUCUCUUUUCAUUAUUAUGAAGUCCUGUCUGAGAGAACUCACCAGCAAAUGCUUAAAGGAAAUUACUUAAAGGCUCACAUUCAGAUAGUGUAGUCCUACAACUCCAUGGCUGUUUUAUCAAAGUACCAGAAAAAGGAACGUCAUAUAAUGUGAUUCUUUUUUUUACACAAAAUAAUUAUUGCUGUAAAUUUCAACUUGCCGAAAAUGCGUUUCUCCAGAAUUCUGGAAAUUGUACGAAAUCCUGGAUACAUUAUGGGAAAAUAUGUGGUUCACUGUGGAUAACGUUGCAGGAUAAUUAUAUUGUAUUUCUAAUGGAUAGUUGAGCGUUAUCAGUUCUGAAUGUCGUUUUAGUAAACAUUUUUAUACAUUGGCCUCUUCUGGCCUCUCCAGUUAAAAAACUAAACACCACAGUUUGCUGUCUUCAGCGCAUUCAUUUUUAAAGCUGACAUUUCUAAAGAGAAACUAUUUUCAACCUCUGGAGACGGCUGGAGUUAGAGGGUGUUCAUGUUAGUUUAUUUACACACGAUGAAAUUAACAGCAAAAAUAAAGAACACAAAGUGUUGUUGGGUUGUCAAACUCUGAAUGUGGUAAUUUGUGACUACUGGUGUGGUGGAUGGUGACUGGAGCAUCAAUCCAACUGUUGUUGUCCUAACCUGGUCACUAGUAUGCAACCAUCGUUGUGUUGAGCUGGUUAGAGUCGGUGGUCAUCAAGUUAAGUGAUCAACUGUAAGUGCUUUGACAAUAUGUUGGUCAGGUGGCUUGUAAAAGGAUAACACGCACACGCUCACACUCCCCACAAGUCCCAAGUCCCCCAUAUCCACUCUCAUUAUGCUUAUUCGGUCCAGAUGCUGAGGCCAAAUAAUCAUGUUUUUUAGAGAACAAACUAAUUUGGAGCCAGUUGUGCUGAAUGCUGCAUUGUGGUGUAUCUCUUUAAUACGUUAUAAUUGUUUGUUGUGAUCUACCCAGAGUGACUCUAAGAUAUACCAACUCUUGCUGUUGGUUGGUCCUUGCUGUUGGUUGGCGUUCGAUUUUUGCGAAGUUUUUCAUUACUGGUGGUUAUUUGAAACUAAACUAUUGGUAUACUGUGUCUCAAAAGCUGUUUGUGUUCAUGGUGGGGGUUUAGGUUUGAGGUAUGAAGUAUAUAUAUUCCUCAGGUUUUUGACAAAGGGAUUGCUUCUAUGUUUGUAGAUUUUUAAAUGAUGUCACAGAGAAUGGGAAACCGUGCAAUUUUUUUAAGCAGAAGUGAUGUAAUUAAUAAAAGUUAAGAUGAUAACGUUGUAA